CUCGCCCAGUUCCCUCUCGGCUUGCUCCAUCACACAAAGCCCAAACCGCCUAUCUCUUUGCAAACCCAGAGAACUUCAUUCCCCAUGUUGAAACUCGUCGGUGGCGGUGGCGGGCAGGACUGGGCAUGCUCAGAAGCAAGGACAGGUCUAGGAGGUGAAGAAGCCGCCUUUGAAGUCGCGAGGCUGGGGCAUCAGGGAGAGUGGACGGCCGGGGCUCGUCGGGGGUGUGCGGGCUUCCCGGGUUCUGCGCCCGGGGAGAGCACGCUUGGGGCGGGUGUCCUGGGGCCGGCGUGUGGGGGGCAGGGCGCGGAGGAGGAGGGGGAGCCGGCGGGAAGAGGGGAGGAGCGCCGGGCUCGCCAUCCCCCGGAGCCCUCUCUGCGGCUGCUGAAUCGGAAGCCGCAAGGAGGAUCUGGGGAAAUAAAGACGUCCGAGAAUGACCUCCAGCGAGGCCGCCUGAGCAGGAGCCCGCGCGCUGCUCCGUCAGUCCCCGGCAUGGGCGACCGUGGCGGGCAGCCAGAGCGCUCCGCUCGGCACGCCCCGGGGGCCCCCGCUGGCGCCGCCGUCUUGAACGGGCUGCUGCACAACGGCUUCCACCCGCCGCCGGUCCAGCCGCCGCGCCUCUGCAGCCGGGGUCCCGCGGACCGCGGCGACCCUGCGCCCCAGCGCCUCCCGCUCCAGCCAGAUCUCCAGCCGCAGCCGCCGCCCCCCCAGCACGACUCCCCGGCCAAGAAAUGCCGGCUGCGGAGGAGGAUGGACUCGGGGAGGAAGAACAGGCCGCCAUUCCCAUGGUUUGGCAUGGAUAUCGGUGGAACGCUGGUUAAGUUGGUCUACUUUGAACCGAAGGAUAUUACAGCCGAAGAGGAGCAAGAGGAAGUGGAGAACCUGAAGAGCAUCAGGAAAUAUUUGACUUCCAAUACUGCUUAUGGGAAAACUGGGAUCCGAGAUGUGCACCUGGAACUGAAAAACCUAACCAUGUGUGGGCGCAAAGGGAACCUGCACUUCAUCCGCUUUCCCAGCUGUGCCCUGCACAAGUUCAUUCAGAUGGGCAGCGAGAAGAACUUCUCUAGCCUUCACACCACGCUCUGUGCCACGGGAGGAGGGGCUUUCAAGUUUGAAGAGGACUUCAGAAUGAUUGCUGAUCUGCAGCUCCAUAAACUGGAUGAACUGGACUGUCUGAUUCAGGGCCUGCUUUACGUCGAUUCUGUUGGCUUCAAUGGCAAGCCAGAAUGUUACUAUUUUGAAAAUCCCACAAACCCCGAAUUGUGUCAAAAAAAGCCGUACUGCCUUGAUAAUCCAUACCCUAUGUUGCUGGUUAACAUGGGCUCAGGUGUCAGCAUUCUAGCAGUGUACUCCAAGGACAACUACAAAAGAGUUACAGGGACCAGUCUUGGAGGUGGAACAUUCCUAGGCCUAUGUUGCUUGCUGACUGGUUGUGAGACCUUUGAAGAAGCUCUGGAAAUGGCAGCUAAAGGCGACAGCACCAAUGUUGAUAAGCUGGUGAAGGACAUUUACGGAGGAGACUAUGAACGAUUUGGUCUUCAAGGAUCUGCUGUAGCAUCAAGCUUUGGCAACAUGAUGAGUAAAGAAAAGCGAGAAUCCAUCAGCAAGGAAGACCUCGCCCGAGCCACUUUGGUCACCAUCACCAACAACAUUGGCUCCAUUGCUCGGAUGUGUGCAUUGAAUGAGAAUAUUGACAGAGUUGUGUUUGUUGGGAAUUUUCUCAGAAUCAAUAUGAUCUCUAUGAAGCUGCUAGCGUAUGCAAUGGAUUUUUGGUCCAAAGGACAGCUAAAAGCUCUGUUCUUGGAACAUGAGGGUUAUUUUGGAGCAGUUGGGGCGCUGCUGGAACUGUUCAAAAUGACUGAUGAGCAGUAGUGGAAAGAGCUUCGUGUGAGAACUAAGAAUUGAGAACUGCUGCUGGAGAAGGUGAAAGCCACUAUGGGGAUGGAAGCUAAGCCAUUUUGGCAGUUGAACCUGCUGGAUUUGUAAAUAAUUUAAAAUCCUUCUAGCUGAUCUUUUACUCUUGGGUUUUGAGCUUAUGAUUCAAAAUGGGGAAUACAAGAGUUUUUCUGUAUACUGUAAUUUUUUAAAAAUGAUUUGUGCAGCGUGGCCAAAACUACCAAUUUUAUGCAUUAACUUUGAAAAGUUGUCGGAUGUUUAAGAAGGACCUGAAUUGUAAAAGCUGUUUAUUUUUCUUCUGGGGUUUACUGAUCAGUGUGGUAAUUUUAACUUCAUUUAGUAAUCACUCUAGGAGAUUUUACCUUUACUUAUAAUUUUCAUGACGUUUCAUGAUUUGCUGUUGGUUUCAAAUGAAACUACAAAUCUGGCAUGUGUUACUGUGAACAUGUUUUGUUUGUUUGUUUACUCUUUUUUGUCUGGUUUUUCUGUUUGAAUGUCUUAUGGAAAAUAGAGGGGCCCCUCCCACCAUUUCUGUCCUUGGAUCAUCUCUCCCACUCCAUCAACCCAAAUGCUAACCUUUCUUUAAUGUAAAUUUUCAUAUUAAUUAAGGUGCUGACCAACUCAAUACAAAGUUAGGCAGGAGAUCUAAAGCUCUUGGAAGAAGAGAAGACUCUGAAUGUGUUAAUGAAUUUAAUGAGUCUAGCAAAAGCUGAAAAUCAUAUGCAAUUCUGUCUUAUUCCUCAUGAAUAUAGUGUUCUGUUGAAUUUAUUUUGUGUUAGCUUAUGUUGAAUUGAAAUGUUUUAUGAUGAAAUGGCCUCAUCCAUGCACAACAAAUGAAUGGCAGCCAAUCUUUGUGCAGGAGGUUUUGAAUUUAUGGUAGAAAUCUCUCUGUAGAUAACUGUUCACAUCGGGAGAUUUAAUGGAAAUCAUGGAUUGAGGUGGAAGUAGUAAAAGCUAUUUGUUUUGUACAUGUAUGUACCUAGGAGCUUUGUAACAAGGCAUCUCAUAAAUAACGAUAAUGUUAAGGUUUUGUUAUUGUUAAUAUUUUAAAUUAAAAAUUGUAUUUUAAUCCCAAUUUCUGAAAUUAAAAACAAAAAAAAAAUGUGGUACUGAUCUAUAUUUUUUUCUUUUUGAAAGACUCCAUUGGGAUUGAUGGGUAAUGUUCAAAUGAGGAUCUUGUAUGAAUAAUGGAACUCAUGAGAUCUAAUGCUUUAGAAGAAUUGAUCUUUUGGAUUGAGCAUAUUGUUGAAAGGGAUUUUUGAAGGGCAGUACAAUUGCUCCAUGAUGAAUCUUUCUUUUCUGCUUUCUGAGCACCAUCUUUAACUUCCAUAUCUUCAAGUCUUGAAGAAGUUGAUGCUAAUUGAAGUAUUCACUUGUCUGGUUGAAAUAAAGCCUGUUUCUGUUGUGAUGUU